AAUGCUAGUGCGCCGUUACAGCGCCAAAUGCUUCACGAUCGCUCACUGGUUCGGCUGUUGCCCGCCAGAGGCUUACGAGGAGAGAGAAUACGAUGCAUUUGUGUCGUACUCGCAUCAGGACUCGGAAUUGGCAGAAAAAAUACUGAUCCGUCUAGAGGCGCCGCCCCACUCGCUUCGUCUCUGCUACCAUCACCGGGAUUGGGUAGCCGGCGAUUGGAUUCCCGCGCAGAUCGCACGCUCCGUGGAGCAGUCGCGAUGGACGAUCAUCCUCCUGUCGAAGCACUUCAUGGAGUCAGUUUGGGGCCUAUUUGAGUUCCGACAGGCGUACCUGCGCGCACUCACGGGCGACAAGGUGCGCAUCCUUAUUGUGCUCGUGGAAGACGUCAUGUCAGAUCCACGGAUGAACGACGAGCUGCGCACUUACUUGGCAACCAACACUUACCUGCACAUCGACGACCCCCAGUUUUGGGACAAGCUGCCGUACGCGGUGCGGCGCCGACGCGCGUUUCUGGAGGCCCUCCGCCGCCCCCGCCCCACCCCGGCCAUCACCCCGGCGCCGCCCGCUGACAAGCUUCUUGGUUCGGCGCUCGAGGACAAGAUUGCGCUCGACGGAAAUGUGCUCAACGGUGCUUUCAUAUCACCAUCUGUCGUGGAUUUAUUCACCAAUACAAUCACGAAAAAAGAACACAACAUCGAUGCUCAUGUAGCG